AUGGCAAUGCUAUACACAGACGUGGUCACUUAUACCAAUUCUGGCGGUCCGGUCGACAACACAGUAACUUGGCUAUAUGCCUCCAACUCGAGAUAUACACCCGUAUCAAAUGAAGGCACAAAAGUAAUUCGCCUUACUUCCGACGCAUCAAUAUCACAUACCUCCUUGAGGACAAUCUUCGAAACAGUCAAGACAACUGUACCAUCCACCACCAUAAGUGUCGCCUCCUCUUCAACUAGCUCUGUGAACACAAAGGCAGUUGCUCUGAGCGAAAUUAGUGUUUACAGUUCGAUUUUGGAAACAGCCACGGAUCCGAAUUUGAAAAGUCAAUUGAGUGCUGCUAUGAGCCAACGGAGUACUUGGGCUAGUUUGACCGAUAGUGUCAUUACGACUGGCAGUGGGAGCGGAAGCACAACGUCCGGCAGUGUAAGUGGAAGUACUAGUCUGCACACGACAGCUAGUACUCCCUCGAGCAAAACCAUUCCUCCGACAAUAUAUAUCGGACCAUCAGGAACAUUAACUACCCUCUCACCCUCCCAACAAACUGCCUUUGACCAGGCAAGCAAAGAUGGCGCUCACAGAUUAGUUGUCUACGAAGUACUCGGGUGUCUCUUUGGCAUAUUCAUUCUCUCAUGUACACUUGGAUUGCUCGGCUGUUGCUGUGUACGAAAGCGACGUCGACGCCGAGGACGAAAUGCCCCGCCACUCACCGAAUACGUUUCUCCCAAUCUAAGUUCAUUGAACGGUUUGAUGGCUGAAAUGGGGAGGAAAAUACGAAUAGGGAGCAGGAGAAGAGGGCUGAGGGAAUUAAGAGAGUUCCGAGGGUUCCUAGGACGAUGA